AUGGAACAGGAAACCCAGACCCGGGGCGGCAUCCUGCUCCCCGACACCGCCAAGGAAAAGCCCCAGGAGGGCGAGGUCAUCGCCGUUGGCUCGGGCCGCGUCGCUGACGACGGCUCCCGCAUUGCCAUGGAACUUUCCGUGGGCGACAAGGUCAUCUACUCCAAAUACGCCGGCACCGAAUAUGACGACGACGAUGAAAGAGUACCUGAUCAUGCGCGAAUCCGACGUCCUGGCCAAACUGGGCUAGCAGUUGCGUUCCAACUCCUGAACUCUCGUACGCACACCAAAUCCACCCCUGAUAGCGCACACUCCAACGAGGAGAACCCCGCAAUGCCCGCAAAGAAGUUGGUAUACGCUGAAGACGCCCGCAAGUCGCUGCGCACCGGCAUCGACAUACUGGCCGACGCGGUCAAGAUUACCCUGGGUCCCCGUGGCCGCAACGUCGUGCUGGACAAGAAGUUUGGUCCCCCGCAGAUCUGCUCCGACGGCGUGACCAUCGCCAAAGAGAUCGAGCUGCCCGACGCUUUCGAGAACAUGGGCGCGCAGCUGCUGAAAGAAGCCGCCACCAAGACCAACGACGCCGCCGGCGACGGCACCACCACCAGCAUCGUGCUGUCCCAGGCCAUCAUCCACGAAGGCUUCAAGAACGUUACCGCCGGCGCCAACCCCAUGGCCAUCAAGCGUGGCAUAGACCACGCGGUGGCUCGCAUCGUCACCGAACUGCAGGGCAUGUCCCAGGCGGUGGAGACCCGCGAGCGCAUCGGACAGGUAGCCUCCCUCUCCGCCCAUGAAGACGCCAUCGGCGAGACCAUCGCCGAGGCCAUGGAGAAGGUGGGCAAGGACGGCGUCAUCACCGUGGAAGAAUCCCGCGGACUGACCGAUGAGAUUGAGUACGUCGAGGGCAUGCAGGUCGACCGCGGCUACACCUCUCCUUACUUCAUCACCAACACCGAGCGGAUGGAAGCCGUCAUCGAAGAUGCCUACCUCGUCAUCACCGACAAGAAGGUUUCCGCCGUCGCCGACCUGGUGCCGGCCCUGGAAAAGCUGCUGCAAGCCGGCCAGAAGGACGUGGUCAUCGUCGCUGAGGACAUCGACGGCGAAGCGCUGGCCACUCUGGUGGUCAACAAGCUGCGCGGCAUCAUGAACGUGCUGACGGUCAAGGCUCCCGGCUUCGGCGACCGCCGCAAGGCCAUGCUGGAAGACAUUGCCAUCCUGACCGGUGGCACCGUCAUCAGCGAGGAGACCGGCCGUCGAAUGGACUCGGCCACGGUCGAGGACUUUGGCCGCGCCCGUCGCGUGUCUUCCACCAAGGACGACACCACGAUCGUGGAAGGCCACGGUUCUGAAGCAGCGAUCCAGGCCCGCAUCAACCAGCUCAAGGCCCAGAUCGAAGACACCACCUCCGAGUACGACCGCGAGAAGCUGCAGGAGCGGAUGGCCAAGUUGUCCGGCGGCGUGGCCGUCAUCAAGGUUGGGGCCGCCACCGAGAUCGAGCUGAAAGAGCGCAAGGCCCGGGUGGAAGAUGCCCUGUCGGCCACCCGUGCCGCGGUGGAAGAAGGGAUUGUCCCUGGCGGCGGCAUCGCUCUGGUGCGCGCUCAACGGGCCCUGGACACCGUCGAAGGGUUGACCGUUGACGAGUUGGUCGGCGUCAACGUCGUCCGCCGCGCUCUCGAACAGCCGUUGAAGCUGAUCGUGGAGAAUGCCGGUUCCGAGGGAGCCGUGGUGCUCAACCAGGUGCAGCAUCAGUCCGAUGACUACGGCUACGACGCCGAGCUGGGCGAAUUCGGCCCCAUGCUCGAGCGCGGCAUCAUCGACCCGGUCAAGGUCACGCGCUCCGCGUUGCAGAAUGCUGCGUCCGUGGCCGCCAUGGUGCUCACCACCGAGUCCAUGAUUACCGAAAUCCCCGUGCCGGCUUCGGGCAUGACGGCCGCCCCCCAGAUGGAUUUCUAG